AUGCGUAGUACGGCAGGUGGCAGGUGGCGGCGCUCAUGGGAACUCGGCACAACCCCGAGUUCCCACGGCAGCGUCAUUCACCAGCCAACACCUGCGCCCCUUAACGGGGAUGUUACACACACGACCGCCACGCGGAGGAAAGCGCCGAUUAGGCGCGCGCGUGUGUGCGUGCCCCCGCACGCGUCCGUACGCCUGAUGCCGGCGCGCUGUGUGCGUGCGCGUCCCCUAUUCGUAGAGUUCUCGGUAAAAACCGGUCGUCGCGCGCGCGCCAACGCUCGCGUGCUGAGCGCGCGCUGCCCCUGUCGCACGCGCCUCAUAGGCACCCACUAUAUAAGCCCCGCGCCCUUCCUGUCCCAAUCAUUCCCGGCCGACGCUCCGCGCGUGCACGUCGCUCCU